AUGAGCCACCUGGAGAAGCUACCCAAUGUUACACUCCUCAAGCUGGACGUCGUUCCGGCAGAAGGCAUCGUAGCCGCCGUCAAACCCCUCCGAGCUCAAUCUGGGAGACUGAAAAUCCUCGUCAACAUCGGCCAUGUCAACUUCUUUGGUGUGAUCGUUGUUGCGCACGCUUUUGCUCUGCUGCUUCUCACUACCAAGGGGGCAGUUGUGGAUGUCUAUUUGAGUUUGGGGUUUCUAUAUGCGCCGUGGAUGAGCUGGUGA